CCGAAUAGUACGUUGUUGGUCGCUUGCAUUUAUCCAUUACCCACGACUCUCGCCAUUUUCUUUCCUCAAUAUUAUCACCACGGCGAUGGUUGCUCUACUGUUAGGCCGAUUCUUCUGGACCCUUUAGGCGCUUUGCUCCAACACCACUCUUUUGCAACUGCUACAUCUCGUAAUAAUACUCGACAAAACCCUUCAGUCUGUUAAAAUGUACAUACCAUUCGUCUCUGAAAGUCCCCGGGCGUUGCCCCUUGAGAAGCCUAAUACGGACAAGCCCGCUUCUCAUCUCUUUUCUCUCUUCCACAUCUCACAAUCUUCAAGCCCCAAUCACCUGCACAGGUUUGAACAAGACGCCUCGCGCCAGCACGAACAAAGUAUAUCCUUCUUCAAACAAGUCGCUGCCCGACUUUUUUCGCCCCGGGGAACAUGUCCCCCAACAACUAGCUCCACAUCCGUGUCGGGGCUGCAUAUUCGAAACCCAGGAAUGAUAAUUACGCGAGACACGCCGAUGCAAACCCAAAACGCAACCAUCGGUGCUGUUGUCGGAGUCUCGCUGACUGUUUUCCUCGCCGUCUUGUUUUACUUCGUCUACCGCUAUCACGCCUCGAUCAGACUCGCCAACAAGAAACGGAGACGAAGCCAUAGCUCACGGUCAGGCACCUCGAGGGACUCGCGGUCUGCUUCGGACAACGGGGCAGUCCCUCCAACAACCCCGUGACUUGUUGGGCCACAAAGCACCAUAUUUGAUGUACACACCUCAGGUGCCUAUGAUUCGUUCCUCAGAAAUUAAUGUUGGGGACGAUAAUGCUGUUGCAAGGUGGUGCUCCGGUGCAGUCGGGGGUGUUAAUGAAUCUAGGCUGUUUCUAAUAAUCUCAAGCCACGAUGGGAAAUAGGGAUUUAGGUUAAACUACGGUUGCUAUCUUCUAGGAGUGUUUAGCCCCGUC